UAAAGACUGUGGCUGGAGCUGCUGUUUUUUUUUUCCUUCUUCUUAAAGUCAGCUUAAGAGGGGGUGGUUUAGAAACAAACUAAACCUUUCACCAACUUGUAGAUCAGCUCACUGUUGGUAGUCACACUUCAAGUGAACUUAUAUUGCUUCUCUAUUGGAAGAUUCCCCGCCAGGGCUUAUUGUACAUGGAAUACGAAGAAGAUGAUGAUAUUCUUUUUGCUAAAUGGAUGAGUAGUUUUUGGGGCCACAGUGGCAUUGAAGAGGAUGACAAAGAUGUGAGAACUCACAGGAAACGUCAGUCACGUGCUCUGUCUGAAAGGAGAGCAUCUCUUCCCUGCCCGGCUCAGCUGUCUGCGAUGCAUGUAACCAGGUUUCACUCCGCUUCCAAGGCGCCCUCUCCUGUUUAUUUGAAAGGUUGCAAGGAGAUUCGAGAAGAUAAAGAAAGUAAAUUCAACAACCACGCAAAGAUUAAUAAGGUGUUUUCAGUUGAUGGUUCACCGCAGGGCACCAAAGGACAAAAAAAACGAUCUAAUUCUAUCCAAGAGUUUUCUGAAUUGUUUGAGAAGCAACUGCGCUUUAGAAGUAAACGCUCCACAUCCUUGGGAGAGCACUCAGUAUCUAGAAGGAACUCUUCCAGCAAAGAGAAGGAUGAAGAUGAGGACCCAUGUGUUAUUUGUCAUGACGAUCUCCAUAUUGGCAGUGUCUGGGAACUUCACUGCAUGCACAGAUUUCACAAGGAGUGCAUUGAAAAAUGGUUGUACAAGAAACAGACUUGCCCAACGUGUCGUGUUCAGGUCAUAACGUCCAAGUCAUUUUUUUUGUCCUCUGCUCGGAUGAAAGUACCUUGAAGAAUGAAUUCUAAAGCUGAAAAAUAAAUCAUUUCUGCUUGGCUUCUUGAUGACAUAAAAAUGCCUUACAGAUUAUGUCACAAGCUAGCAAUCAAGAGCAAUGUAUGAAAGCGAAACCGUCAAGCAGGCAUCGUUACAGUUUAUGCAGUCUUUUUAUGA